UGACGUGAAAAUUGCUGCAGCAUCUCUCCGCCUGGUGCGGGCUCUUCCCUCCCUUCUUCUUCCAGCUGGAGCAGCCGAGGGAGGCGGAGUCGUGACACACGCACGCACGCACGACACGCUCAGCGACAUCUCGCAUCCCGCACUCGCCGCACGCUCGCCGUCAAGCAGCCAGCCCGAGCCGACCCGACUGCAGCAGGGGAGCCCCAGCCGUGUCGUCGCCCCAAGAUGGAUGCACUCAUGAAGGGCUUCUCCAUGGCCAAGGAGGGGGUGGUGGCGGCCGCCGAGAAGACCAAAGCCGGCAUGGAGGAGGCUGCGGCCAAGACCAAGGAAGGGGUGAUGUAUGUCGGUAACAAAACAAAGGAGGGUGUUGUGUCAUCAGUAAACACUGUAGCCAACAGGACCGUAGACCAGGCCAACAUCGUGGCGGACACGGCAGUCAGCGGCGCCAACGAGGUGUCGCAGGCCACCACGGAGGGCGUGGAGAACAUCGCCGCGUCCACCGGGCUCCUCAACCAGGAGGAAUCUAUUAAUGAGGGAGAAUAUGGUGGGAUGGAGCAAGGAGGUGAUGGAGGACAGGGUUACUAGUUUUGGUCAGGACCUGCUCCUCAGCGGCCCCUCGCUCUCGGCCUACAAGAGUGCAGGUGUUUUUCUUUCUUUUUGGUGACUUUUAAUGGAAGAGAACCCAUGUGGGUGGAACUCUUCCGGAUGCGGCAACCCCCCCUUCCCAAUGUGUCAAGUGUCUCCCCCUUUACGCACCCCCAUCUUGGAAAACGACGUACAUGCAUGUAACACACAGUGCAAAAUAUCCUCUAAUUGGCAAUAGAGUACAAAAAUAAAUUUAAAUUGACAAGAGCAAUAAAUUCUUCCACACCAUAAUAGUGUCCGACUAUAUGCAUAAUAUGUUUUGUGUACUUACCUGGUUGCAUGGCAUCAUUCAAUCGUCACACAGGAAGCUUUAAAUUGUGGAUCAUUGCGUGUGCGCAGGUGCAAUUGUGGGAAAUGUAGUUGUUUAGCAUCAUCGUUUUCUGUGCUCCUGCCCAGCAGUGUGUGCGCGCGCAGAAGUGGAACAAAUGUGUGUUCGUCUGAUGAGACAUGAGAUGACUGCAUGUUGCCUUAUCAAGCAAUUUGACACACACGCGCACAUGCACAGUUUAAGUUAGCAUCAAUGCUGAUUUUAUAAAAUGUGUACGAGUUCAAUAAAAUCUUUUUUGUUGUUGUGAGAAA